AUGGAGGCGGCCGCAGCCGCCCUGGGGGCCGAAGUGGGCCUGAGGGUCGCGCUCUUCAUCGCUGUCGUAGUGACGGAGCUCCUUCCUCCUUUUCAGCGGCUCAUCCAACCGGAGGAAAUGUGGCUUUACCGAAACCCUUAUGUGGAGGCCGACCAUUUUCCCACGAGGCCCACGUUUUUAAUUGCAUUCCUGUCUCCCCUGUUUCUGAUCCUCCUGACCAAGUACCUCAAGAAGGCAGACGGGACAGACACAAAACAAGCCUGCCUGGCUGCCAGUCUUGCCCUGGCUCUGAAUGGUGUCUUCACUAACACCGUGAAGCUGAUUGUGGGGAGACCGCGACCUGAUUUCUUUUACCGCUGUUUUCCGGAUGGGCAGGCCAACCCCGAUCUGGCCUGCACGGGGGAUGCGGAAGUGGUGAUUGAGGGCCGCAAGAGCUUCCCCAGUGGACAUUCUUCCUUUGCUUUUGCUGGUCUGGCCUUCGCCUCCUUCUACCUGGCAGGGAAACUGCACUGCUUCACGCCACAAGGCCAAGGGAAAGCCUGGAGACUGUGCGCCUUCCUGUCGCCUCUGCUCUUUGCCGUCAUCAUUGCUCUGUCCCGCACCUGUGACUACAAGCACCACUGGCAAGAUGUGCUGGUUGGAUCACUGAUUGGCCUGAUGUUUGCCUACUUGUGCUAUCGACAAUAUUACCCUCCUCUGACUGACUCUGAGUGCCACAGACCAUUUCAGUGCAAACACACACUUCCAGCCGCCCUGGAGAGGAAAGUUGUGGCCCCCGGCUACAGACUGGACGUUUAGGGAUGGAAUCCGCCUCACUGGAGAGCAGUUGAAGCAGCCCAGGCGACGCGCCAGGCUAUUCGGUUUACCUCUUACGUGCCCCAAGGAAGGUGAUGGGCAUAACUCUUGGUUUCCGCCUCAUUGGAUUUCCCGAGGCCCUCGUUUUGGUGCGUUGUAUGAUUGAGUCAGAUUUUUCCUGCGUGGAGUUGUCUACACUGUCUUGGAGAGCGAGAGCGUAACGUCGCCAUGCAGCACAUUGCUGCCC